CCGGCAAAAACCCGCUCCUCAAUCCCUUCGUAAUUAUUCCAAAAACGACACCCGUCUCUAUUUUCUUAUCCUUAAUUACGUAAUUACCCAAACGCUUCUUCUUCUUCCUCUAUAACUGACAUUCUCUUCUCCUCCUCCGCCGCAGCCACCAACUGCUAUUUUCUAGAGAGAGAAAGAGGGGAGAGAGAGAAUGAGGAUUGACGAAGAGAGCGAAGGAGUGUCGGCGUCGAGGAAACACCUGGUCUUCGCUUACUACGUCACCGGCCACGGCUUCGGCCACGCCACUCGCGUCGUCGAGGUUGCGCGGCACCUGAUUCUCGCCGGCCACGAUGUCCAUGUCGUCACGGGAGCUCCAGACUUCGUCUUCACUUCCGAGAUUCAAUCGCCUCGCCUCUUCAUUCGAAAGGUUCUUCUGGACUGUGGAGCUGUUCAGGCAGAUGCUUUAACAGUUGAUCGUCUUGCUUCCUUGGCGAAGUAUUCGGAGACAGCUGUGGCACCUCGGGCUUCAAUCUUGAAAACAGAAGUGGAGUGGCUGACCUCCAUCAAAGCUGAUUUAGUGGUCUCUGAUGUUGUUCCAGUUGCGUGCCAUGCAGCGGCUGAUGCAGGAAUUCGAUCUGUUUGUGUCACCAACUUCAGUUGGGACUUUAUCUAUGCAGAGUAUGUUAUGGCUGCUGGAGAUAAUCAUCGUUCAAUCGUUUGGCAGAUAGCAGAAGAUUAUUCCCACUGUGAGUUCCUCAUCCGCCUCCCAGGAUACUGCCCAAUGCCUGCUUUCCGUGAUGUAGUUGAUGUACCUCUAGUUGUGAGGAGGUUUCGCAGAUCCCGCAAAGAGGUGAGGGAGGAACUUGGAAUUGGAGAUGAUGUAACUCUAGUCAUCCUCAAUUUUGGUGGACAGCCAGCAGGCUGGAAUUUGAAGGAAGAGUUUUUACCCCCUGGAUGGCUGUGCCUGGUUUGUGGUGGUUCUGACACCCAGGAGCUUCCGUCAAAUUUCAUAAAGCUUGCAAAAGAUGCUUAUACACCUGAUUUUAUGGCAGCGUCUGACUGUAUGCUUGGAAAAAUUGGAUAUGGCACUGUGAGUGAAGCUCUUGCAUACAAGUUACCUUUUGUCUUUGUACGCAGAGAUUAUUUCAAUGAAGAACCUUUCUUGAGAAAUAUGCUUGAGUAUUAUCAAGGUGGCGUUGAGAUGAUUAGGAGGGACUUGCUCACUGGUCACUGGAAACCUUACCUUGAGCGUGCAAUCAGUUUGAAGCCAUGCUAUGAAGGAGGUAUCAAUGGUGGUGAGGUGGCAGCUCACAUCCUGCAGGAGACUGCUAUUGGGAAAAACUAUGCAUCAGAUAAGCUAAGUGGGGCAAGAAGAUUGCGUGAUGCCAUAAUUCUAGGGUAUCAACUACAGAGGGUACCUGGACGUGAUAUGGCAAUUCCUGAAUGGUAUGCAAAUGCGGAAAGUGAACUUGGAAUUGGAUCACCUACUUGCAAAGUGAGCGAGAAGAGCUCCCUAAUGAACUCAUGCACUGAAGACUUCGAGAUUCUUCAUGGAGAUCUUCAUGGUAUUUCAGAUACAAUGACUUUUUUGAAGAGCUUGGCAGAACUAGAUUCUGUUUAUUACUCUGAAAAAACUACUGAGAAGCGCCGGGAGCGCAAGGCUGCAGCUGGACUCUUCAACUGGGAGGAAGAAAUUUUUGUGGCAAGAGCACCUGGACGGUUGGACGUAAUGGGAGGGAUUGCUGACUAUUCAGGAAGCCUGGUCUUGCAGAUGCCGAUAAAGGAAGCCUGCCAUGUUGCUAUACAACGAAAUCAUCCAAGUAAACAUAGGCUCUGGAAACAUGUCCUGGCCCGGCAGCAGGCAGAAGGACGAAAACCAACACCUGUCCUGCAAAUUGUCUCAUAUGGUUCAGAGUUAAGCAACCGUAGCCCAACAUUUGACAUGGAUCUAUCUGAUUUUAUGGACGGAGAUAAACCAAUGUCAUAUGAGAAGGCAAAGAAAUACUUUUCACAAGAUCCAUCCCAAAAGUGGGCGGCAUAUGUUGCAGGUGUCAUUCUGGUUUUGAUGAUAGAACGAGAUGUACGUUUUGAGGACAGCAUCAGUUUGCUGGUUUCUUCCUCAGUCCCGGAAGGCAAAGGUGUCUCUUCUUCUGCUUCUGUGGAAGUUGCUACCAUGUCUGCCAUAGCUGCUGCCCAUGGAUUAAGCAUCAGUCCCAGAGAUCUUGCUUUACUUUGCCAAAAGGUGGAGAAUCAUAUUGUUGGAGCACCAUGUGGUGUGAUGGACCAGAUGACAUCUGCAUGUGGUGAAGCAAACAAGCUUCUUGCGAUGGUGUGCCAGCCUGCUGAGGUUCUUGGACUUGUAGAAAUUCCUGGCCAUGUUCGCUUUUGGGGAAUUGAUUCAGGAAUAAGACACAGUGUUGGAGGUGCGGAUUAUGGAUCUGUUAGAAUAGGUGCCUUUAUGGGUCGGAAGAUGAUAAAGUGCGCAGCAUCUAUGAUUUUGUCUCGAUCAUCAUCAACUGCAUAUGGGACAAUCGAUGAGUUGGAGGAUGAUGGUUAUGAACUACUUGAAGCUGAAGCUUCAUUAAAUUACUUGUGCAACCUGCCACCUCAUAGAUAUGAGGCUCUUUAUGUUAAGGUGCUUCCUGAAACUAUACUUGGUGAAACUUUUCUUGAGAAGUAUGAUGAUCACAACGAUCCAGUUACAGUAAUUGAUCCAAAUUGCAGCUACGUAGUGAGAUCACCUGCUAGACAUCCUAUAUAUGAAAAUUUCCGGGUUAAGACCUUCAAAGCACUGCUAACAUCUGCAAAUUCAGAUGAUCAGCUUACAGCUCUUGGAGAAUUACUGUAUCAGUGUCACUACAGCUAUAGUGCUUGCGGACUUGGCUCUGAUGGAACAAAUCGGCUUGUACGGUUGGUACAAGAGAUGCAAUAUGCUAAAUCAUCUAAAUCCGAUGAUGGGACGUUGUAUGGAGCCAAGAUUACAGGUGGAGGUUCCGGUGGAACGGUUUGUGUUGUCGGAAGGAAUUGUCUGCAGAGCAGCCAACAAAUUUUGGAGAUUCAGCAGAGGUACAAAGAUGCAACAGGGUAUCUGCCAUUUAUUUUCGAGGGCUCGUCGCCUGGUGCCGGCAAGUUCGGGUAUCUAAGAAUACGCCGCCGUGUCUCCGUCGAUCCGAAUGAGUAAUGUAUUGGAGUAUAAAUUGUCUUGUAAUUUGCCUUAAUUUAAGCCGUCGAUUCAAGGAUCACAUUUGGUACAAGUCUCUUGCGGACGUAUAAGAUUAUUCCAAGUCCAAAUAAUAGUUGUUCUUGAUCAA